AUGAGUAGCUCCAACUGCCGAUUCUACGAGAACAAGUACCCCGAGGUCGACGAGGUGGUCAUGGUCAACGUGCAGGAGAUUGCCGAGAUGGGCGCGUACGUCAAGUUGCUUGAGUACGACAAUAUCGAGGGCAUGGUUUUGUUGAGUGAGUUGUCUAGAAGGAGAAUCAGAUCUAUCCAGAAGUUGAUCCGCGUGGGCAAAAACGAGGUGGCCGUCGUCUUGAGGGUCGACAAGGAGAAGGGCUACAUCGACUUGUCCAAAAGAAGAGUUUCUGCGGAGGAUAUCGUCAAGUGUGACGAGCGUUACAACAAGCUGAAGGCCGUGCACCUGAUUUUGAGGCACUGUGCCGAAAAGUACAUGGUGCUGUUGGAGACCUUGUACCAGACCGUGGGCUGGCCGUUGCUGCGGAAAUACGGCCACGCGUACGACGCUUUCAAGUUGCUGAUCACAGACCCCUCGAUUUUCGCCGAUGUGGAGGCGCCGUACCCGGAAAUCUUGGAGGAGUUGAAGCUCUACAUUAGCCGCCGGUUGACGCCUCAGGCAAUCAAGGUGAGGGCCGACGUCGAGGUGUCGUGCUUUGCGUACGAGGGCAUCGACGCCAUCAAAACCGCGUUGAAGGCGGCCGAGCUGGAGCUGACGGAACAGAUGCAAGUCAAGGCCAAGUUGGUGGCGGCCCCCUUGUACGUGAUUUCCACACAGGCCUUGGACAAGAACCAGGGCGUUGCCUUGUUGGAGAAGGCCAUCGAGAAGGUUUCUGCGUCCAUCGAGGCUGCCGGAGGAAACCUCAAAAUCACCAUGGCUCCAAAGGCGGUGACCGCCACGGAAGACGCCGAGUUGCAGGCCCUCUUGGAGAGAAAGGAGGCCGACGAGAAGGACACUUCCGACGAGGAGGACGACGAGUAA